AUGCGAGAGUUCAUCGAUAUGGGAGGACAGGAGCCAUAUCGUUGGGCCCGGAGCAAACACUGGCGGGGUCAGCCUCGACGCGCCAGCAAUCGACCCCCACCUCCACGGCCGCACGCUCGCGAUUCAGUCUCUGGCGCCUACUGUUUCCGCGCAACGUCACACGGAGGGUCCUCGGCGGAAGCACGGCCGGAAGCAAUGAGGCACACAGCGGGACAGGAACCGUGCGAGGAGCUGGAAUUUCGCCGAGGCCAGUCAAGCACGGGAAUGGAGUCUCGGGCGGCGAGGGACAACCGAGGAGGUGGGGAAGGAGGAGAUGGGGGAGGCUGGGGGGGUAGGGGGGAAGACCGCGGCACUGGCGGCAGACGUGGGCAUGGGAGCACAGCAUCGCACUCCGGCAGCGGCGGAUUAUGGGCUGAUCCUCGUUCGGGCGCUGCGAGGCGAGAGUCUCCCUCGAUCAGGUGCACCACGAGCUCUCAGCCAAUAGUCCGAAGGGGUCUCAGCAUGGAGCAGUACACGGACCAUCGGAACGAUUUCCCGCCGAAGGUGGACGCACCGGCAGCCGCAGGUAGUGAUGACUUGGAGUUUGGAAUGAGCAACGAGCCGUGGUCGGCCCAUCUUACCUUCUCCGCAGCUGCGGCUAGGGUAAGAUCAGCCAGGCGUUCCGCUCAGACGGCGUCUCGCAGAAUCGACAUGAUGAACGGCAUGGGGUGGGAUACGCAGGGUGUAGGACCAAGCCAAUCCAGCGCAGCAGGCUUGUCGCUGGCGCCAGUUCUCGGUGUGGGGCGGCGAAACGAUGGACACGUAAGGUCGGAGCGGCCCUCGAUGGACUCGCCGCCAUCCCCGGCCACUUACGCCAUCGUCCCCGCCCACGGUAGCGAAUACCGGUCUGGGUCGGCCGACAACGAGCCAAGCCACCUGCUACAAGUGGCGGUAACUCCAGCUUUCCGUAUGCUUGACAUACCAUGUUGUUCCAAGAACGCCGGAGGGAGAGGGAUCUAUAAGGGCCACGCCUCUGAUGGUGGCACGGAGGGAACUUUGGAGAAGUCGACAGCUCAGGCGGACGCAUCCUCGCCGUCGACACCCGCAGCAGCGUCGACCUCAUGCAAGAGCUUAGGUGGAAUCCACCACCAAUCGAACCACCCACAAAGGACAGCUGAAGGUGGGGAGUGUUUCCUAGACGGAGGAUGCCGAAGCUACGGAGGCAGCGGCCGUUCUACCCGAAGCCCGACCAUGUUGGGGUCACCUCGCAACACCUUUUCAGGAAACGGCAUGGAUAUCGCCGACGACAAGGACGACGUGCAACACUAUGUUCAAGAUCGCAAUGCCGACCUCACGGCAACACCGCCCAGGUCGGAGCGAGGCUUCGUGGGAUCACCGGCAACGAGCAACACCGACGUCGCGUACUACCAGCCGCCGGUCUCGGAGGGGUACACCGGGGAUAGAGACGACGGGGCCUCGACAGACAGUGGGCUGAGCUGGCCAUCGACACCUGGCAGCGAGGUGAGUACUCACGUCAAACAGGCCUCGAGGGGCAGUGUUUCUGAUGGUGGUAAUGAGGGAACUUUGGAGAAGUCCACAGCUGGUGUGGAAGCGUCCUCUCCCGCGUCACCAGCAUCGACGAUGUCGUACAAGAGCAUCAUCGGUGGAAUUCGCCGCCAAUCAAACAGGAGAAGAGGAAACGGGAAGCGUUACCUAGACGAAGAAGGUGGAAGCUACCGAGGCAGCGGCUUUGCUGCUCGACCCCCCGCCAUGUUCGGUUCCCUGCGCAGCAUUAUUGUCGGCGACGACGAGCCAUCCUACCAUGCCGACCUCAUCGAUCCUGCUCCCACGUUGGAGCAACGCUUCAUGGAAUCACCAGUUACCAGUGAUAACAUCCCUCCCCACGCUAGGGCAUACUCGCCUGGGUCCCUUGACAACGAGCAAGGCAUAAACCGCAGCUUUCAAUCGCUUACCAUGCCACCUUGUUUCAAGAAUGACGGAGGUGGCCGUACUACAAGUGGUGACUUCUACACCUUCGAGCACGCCAGCCGGCCUUCUACGACGUUCGCUUCUUCGUACAGCAAGAGCGGCGACGGACGUCAACAAGAUUACGACGCAGCCCAGCUUCAGUCCGUACGGCCUGGCGCCAGGCGAGCACCUCCCGAUGCAGUACAGAGCGACAGCCCGCAGCCAGGUGUGAAAGAAGGCACAGCAGUGUCGUCGUAUGGUCCAUCCAAACCCGGCGACGUGACUGCCGGCGGGUCGGUUGGAAUCGGAGCGGGCUGGUGUGGAGAGAAGGCGCAGCCUAACGCCCGCGCGAAUAUCAACCCCGUGGUGGAGGUUCCGAGCACCUCGGCCUCACGGACCAAGCGCUCGUGGGAUGACGCGGGUUUGCGGGGCAUUGAGGUAUCGGGAUUGUCGUCAACAUCAUGUGGUGGCAGCAGUGCUAGCGGAACAACGCCCUCUGAUGGUGCGCCGGGCAGCGGUACGGUCGCACAGUCUCCGAACGAUGGGCUUCCACGGUCGAAGCGUCUGCGGGUGUACUUGGACGACUACGACAUUGCCUCUAGCGGUGGUGCGCCGGAGGCCUGGGAGGAGUCGGCAGCUGGAGUGGGAACGUCCGCGCCGGCUGAAGUGUCGAACCACGCAGGGAGGAGAGCGGGAGAUGGGGAGGGUUUCCCAGACGGAGAAGUUGGUCGCCUUGCUACGCGAACGCCCGUCACCUCCAUGUCCCUACGCGACAUCAUAGCCGGAAACUUCACGGAAAAGAAGGACAUCGACGACGACAUCGACGACGACUCCGACGAUGACGACCUAUAG